UAUAUAUAUAUAUAUAUGAAUCAUGGGUUUUUUCUUACAAAUAUUUAAGUGCUUGCCUCUGACUUUGUCGUUUCCCUAAAUAUCCAAAGUAAUUACUAUUAAUCUGACCAUAUGAUGUAGGAUUUUUUUUUUUUAAUAUAUAUAAUGGGUUGAAUUACUGCUUUAAAUCUGUAAGAAAUUCAGGCUUGUUAAAAUGGAUAAUAAACCUGGGUGAAAUUGAAAAAAUAUUAUAUGCGUAUCGUGUUUACUUUAAAGUUAUCAUCUUAAAUGUUUAAUGCAUCUCUUAGCAGAUGUAUUUCUGUCAGUUCUGUUUAUUUAAAGAGGUUUAUCUUCUCUGUAUAAAGUAGUUCCAGUGUCAAUCUCUGUUAUCAAGCAUACAUGUAGAGUUUACUGUGCUUUUGUGUAAUACUUGUAAUCUUGUUUUUAAAAUGUUUUUAUUUUUUAAAUAUAACUUUUGUUUCAUUACAAACUGAGAUCAAAGAAUUUUCUCUGUCACUGUUACCUUGUAUGACUUUGGUUGUUAUUAUCCCAGAUGAUGUCUGUCUUAAAAUUGAAAAUAGCUAUAAAAUAGGUUAACAGUAGUAAUGAAGUGCCCUUAGCCCUUAUAUUGUUGAGGAGUAUUUGUAUUUGUGUAAAAUAAUUCUCCCUAAAAUGACUGCGAAAAAAUCUGAUGGGAUGUGGAAAUAGGUUUUAUUUGUUAAAGUGAAACUUUAUCUAUUCACCACCUAUUUUUUGUGCCAGAAUGGUCCCAGGCUCAAUCUUCUAACAUCUGUUAAUUCCAUCUAGUCCCAUCAGAGGGCUUCUUUCUUCAUUUUGCUUUUGUUUGUAGGUGAAUAUGGGAAGUACCAAAGUAAUUUUCACUCUGCUUUCUGUUCACAUCAUGUGCGUGACAAGAGCAGCAAAUAACUGUAGAAGAGCUUUCCAAAGUGUUGGCUCAAAUAGGUGUUUACACAGAUGAGGAUAGUUAAUAUUGAAAUCAAAGCAGCUGAUAGUUGUGUAUCUUUUUGAGUAGUAACUAGAGGUUCCCCUAGAAUAAAACAUAAUAAAUUAUGUCUUGCAUAUUUUUUCUGAGAUUAGCUUAAGUCACAGUCUUUCUACAAGCUUUACAUCAGAGAAAUUUUCCUCUGUUCCAAAACAUACCCUGACAUUCAAUUAGUGUAGUUCUUAUUAAGUACCAUUUUUAGUCCUGAGUUUGUUCACCUCUUGUACAUGCAAACCAGAUCAGUUUUGCUUCUCACCCAAGCAUACUGUUUUAUUAGUAGGUAACAUGAACUUAAAUAGUCAUUAUUGACUGGUAGAUAAAUGCUGAUCUGCUUUUCUCUGUUGUUUAAUAAAUGAUGGGCAUAUCUUGUAGUCUUCUCUGAGAAGUGACUGGAGUUAUGAAUAUGCAUCCAAAGAUCAUAUUGUUUCACUUUGCUUUUUAUGAAGCUGUGUUCUUCUAGAGAAAGUUUAUGUUCCAUACAAAUUGGGAAAGAUUCUCAUUAACACAGCAGAAUGAUUUUUGGACCUCUAAAUGUCUUUCUUACACAGGUACCAUAAACAUCAGGUGUUUUCUUGAUUUGCUUAGACGUGAAUAUAUCAGCAGCUGGUGUAAGCUUGAGUUCACCCUCAGGUCCCCAGCUACCAGCGAUUUGUACUGCUAUUCAAGCUCUGAUAGCAUUCUUGUUAAAUGCAAAAUAGGCCUUGCUGAAUUUUUAUUGCCUCCUUUCUUGCUCUUCUGUACCCAGGAUGUUACAGGAAUAUGUUUCUGUGGGCACUUUUUUCAGUAAAACCACCAGAAGAAUUCCACAGUUCUUCCUCUGACUUUUUCCAGUUUUGCUUUCUCUGCUAAUACUAGCUGCAUUAUUUAGUCAUUUAUGUAAUCCCCUGCCUGGUUCUUCCAUUCACCUGGUAGAAUUAAUGACUGCUGUACCAGCAAGACUUUGAAGUACUCAGCUUUAGAGUACACUGUGUUCUCCUGCACACAUAGCAGUUUGUGAUGGAUGGCUCUCUCAAUCACAGCUAGAAAAACACACUGCUAAUGUAAUUUUUGUAGAGAAUAAGCAUGAGUUUUAUGUCAAAUCUAUUCAAUGCAGACAGGAUUAAGCAUGGAAAACAAAAUACUACAUAGUAAUAGAGUGACAAAAACCAGCAAAGAAGGGCUUAGCACUUACUGUCAGGAGUUUUAGAGGUGCCUGUUGUUACUCCUGAUGUUAGCAUUUGUGAUUCAGCUCUUCAGCUUGCUCUAAGAGUGAAAAAGAGAAAAGGGAACUUGACCUUGACCUCAGGAGUGCAGCUUGACCUCAUUGCUACUGGAAGAAUCAUGGAACUGCUUUUCCUGAUGCCAUAAUACCUUCCUUAUAUCCAAAGAAAGUUUUAGCAGCAAAAUUGCAUGACACAUGACAGAAGGGGGCUUAGCCCAGUAAAUGCAACACAUAAUUUUUCUUUUGGGGAAAAAAAUGGGGCACAGGCUUCCUGGUAGUCAGGUGGAAUUUGCCUUCGCUUGAUUAUAAUCAGCUUUGUUCUUUUGUUGGUGUCACCUCAACCAUACACUGUUGCUAUCUGCCACUUACUGUCAUAAAGCUCAGCAGGGAAAAUAAACAGGCCAUAGUAGCAUCUGUCAGUGUCUUGGCAAGAUUUGGCUGGUCAUUUGAAGUGUUCUUUUUUCUGUGGGUAGGAUAUGAAGUUAGAACUAUGUUUUGUAUAUAGGGAUCAUUAUUUUUAGAACAGCAGCAGGUCUUAGCCUCUGCAUGUAAUCCGCUCAGACAGAGGCACAUGAGGCAUCAAGGUUUGUGCAAGGUAUCUGUGGAGCUCAGUCAUUAAUGUUGAGUGUAAUUUGAGUUGUGGAAGCAUGGAUGCUCAAAUAACUGAAUUGUGUGAUAAUUUGAAGUCCAGUGCCUCAUUUUCAGUGCCUCAUGAUGUCCCUGUCUAUGGCAGGGGGAUUGGAACUGAGUGAUCUUUAAUGUCUCUUCCAACCCAAACCAUUCUGUGAUUCUGCCUUCAUCUGUGUCAGCUUCUGUUUCAGACAUGGGAGAUAUGUGAUAAAAUUUUUUAUGAAAUCGGAUCCAAACAUAAAUAAUUCUUAGUACAUUGGUGUUCUGUGUAUUGAGCAAAGUUGAUGCAAGACUGUCCUGUUAACUGCAGCCAGUGUGCCACCAAGUUUGGAGUGUGCACAUAUUGCAGACAGAAAUCUGCAUGUUCUCAGCAGCCAGGGACAAUGCAUAUAGAGGGUAUCUUGGUACAUAUAAGGGUUAUCGGGGCCCAUUUGAGAAAACACCAGCUGAACUGCAUGCAUUUGAUGCUGCCAAUGAGAAGGCUUGCCGAGGAUGUCAUCCCUCAGCUAUACAUAGCAAACUCAAAGCUCCUUACAGAGAAACCUCUUACCAGUCACUUUCCACAAAUGGUGCAUGCACCUAAAAGUACUUAGUGAAAAUCCUUCAGAGGUAUUUAAUGCAAAAGCAGUUAGUCUCUGGUGUUGUUCAGAAGCCUGCACACACCACCAGCAAGGAGGAAGUGCAGGGCAGCUGUAGCACAGCACUUGGGCUAGUUUCUCAUUUUGUUUCAACCAGGCUCUGCCACCCCAAGAGCUUGUCAAGAUGUGUGACAUGGGGGGGCUUGACAACCUGAUUGCCAACACAGCCUAUCUGCAGGCAAGGAAGAGUGGAGAUGGAGACACAAAGGAGAUGCAAAAGAGACGUAGGAGCCUCUCGCUGCCCAAGGUUGAUCAGUGCAGAGAUGUUAGACAGUCCAUUGUGGCUGAUUAUGACAACAUCUGUGAGCAGCAGCCCAUUGGCAAGAGAUUCUUCAGAGACUUCUUAGAGACAGUGCCAGAAUAUUUGGUAGCUAAAGACUUCCUGGAUGAGGUGUCAAACUGGGAGUUGGCAGAGGACAAUAUCAAGAGCAGUACCAUGGAGAAUAUGAUAACCAAUUUUCUUAAGACAGGCUCCAAAAACUAUCUGGCUUUUAUGAGCUCUGACUUGGCCAGCAAAUGCCAGGCAGCUACUGCAAAUGACUAUGAGAAGGUUGUGCAGAUGGCCAAGGAGGAAACCAAGCUCUUCCUUAAAGGCAAGCCAUUCCAGGACUUCCAGACCAGCCCCUUCUAUGACAAAUUCCUCCAAUGGAAAGUUUUUGAGAAGCAGCCAGUAACUGAAAAAUACUUCUAUGAGUUCCGAGUGCUGGGCAAAGGUGGCUUUGGAGAGGUUUGUGCCAUCCAGGUGAAAAAUACUGGCAAGAUGUAUGCCUGCAAGAAACUGGAUAAGAAGAGGUUGAAAAAGAAAGGGGGAGAGAAGAUGGCAUUACUGGAGAAAGAGAUCUUGGAGAAGGUUAACAGCCCUUUCAUAGUCACACUAGCUUAUGCCUAUGAGAGCAAAAGCCAUCUGUGUCUUGUUAUGAGCCUCAUGAAUGGAGGGGAUUUGAAGUAUCACAUCUACAAUGUAGGAGAAAGGGGUUUGGAAAUGAAGAGGGUCAUCUAUUACUCAGCUCAGAUCACUUGUGGGAUUCUGCAUCUCCAUUCUAUCAAGAUUGUGUACCGGGACAUGAAACCAGAAAAUGUCCUCCUGGAUGAUAACGGCAAUUGCAGACUGUCUGAUCUUGGAUUGGCAGUGCAAGUCAAAGAGGGAAAAAGCAUCACUCAGAGGGCUGGGACAAAUGGUUAUAUGGCUCCGGAAAUCCUGAAGGAAGAAGAUUACAGCUAUCCUGUGGACUGGUUUGCAAUGGGGUGUAGUAUUUACGAGAUGGUCGCUGGGCGAACACCAUUCAAGGAUUUCAAAGAAAAGGUCGAUAAAGAUGAGGUUAAAAGAAGAACUCUGGAAGAUGAAGUGAAAUUUGAACAUGCCAACUUUACAGAGGAAACAAAAGAUAUUUGCCGGCUGUUUUUGGCUAAGAAAAAGGAGAGUCGUUUAGGAAGCAGAAAUGAAGAUGAUGACCCAAGAAAACAUAGUUUCUUCAAAACAAUAAAUUUUCACAGGCUAGAGGCAAACCUUAUUGACCCUCCAUUUGUGCCAGAUCCAUCAGUUGUCUAUGCCAAAGAUGUUACAGACAUUGCUGACUUCUCUGAAGUACGAGGAGUUGAGUUUGAUGACAAAGAUAAGCAGUUCUUCAAAAAGUUUGCAACAGGGGCUGUCCCUGUAGCGUGGCAGGAAGAAAUUAUUGAAACAGGACUGUUUGAAGAACUGAAUGAUCCUAACAGAGUAGAUUCCGGGGGUUACGCAAAUGGAGGCGAAGCUAAGUCAGGAGUUUGUUUGUUGUUGUAAAUACCACAUUGUUAACAAAAAAGAGUAGCACCCACGUCAGAACUUUCCAUGUUCUGGCACUGUUUCAGAAACUCAGUGCAUCUGUUUAAGAAGAACCAGUCGGUGUAAUAUGACAUUGGCAUGCUUUGUAGGACCACCAGCUGUAUAGACUAUAUUAUUUUCCUUUGCUCUAACAAAGAAGAUUGUAUUUUUUGUUUUAUUGGAGAAUUACCAAGAUGAAGAACAAUAUUUCUCCAAGAAACUUAGAAUAAUAGAAAUUCAGAAAUACAAAAAGCAAUCAUAAAGUGAAGAGGCAACACCUUUUGAAAAUUACUGACUACCAUUUUGGAUACAAUGAUUUGCUGGUUUUCUUUGUAUUUUCUUGUUAUUUCUACUAAUGUUUCCUCUUCCACAGUUUUCAGAAAAGAUUUUUAAUUUUUGAGUAAUAUUCACAGUUAGUCAAUGGAGCUCAUAUACCAUGUCAAACGUGGAAUCUUAUUGGUUAGCCAGACUGUCUCUUGUUUUCUUUAUUUCUGUUAGGUUUUGGAUGAUUUGAUUGUAAUAUGUUCAAAUUGUCAUAAAAUGUAACAGAAGGCUCUACAUAUCACUAGGAAAUAAAGCUGACAGGAUCAAACUAUUCAAAGUUGAUUUUAACAGAGUGAAGAUAAGAUUGCACCAAUUUAAUCGAAUAAAGAAUUUAUUUAUUAUUAA